UUUAAUCAUCUGAUCCGAGCACUACAGUUUUUGCAUAACAACAUAUAACAAGUUUUGAGAAUUUGUUUUUGUCUGAAAAUAUUAUUUAGUGAAAACAGGUUGUAUACAUAACAAAAUGAAGUAUAUUAUGUAUCCACCUGAUGUUGUCAUAAAAUUAAAACUCAUAAAAUAUACGGACAUGAUUUCACAGCUAGGUUAGGUAGCCUAGGUUAACUAAAGCCAAAGGGACCAUGAGUCCACAUCUAAAGUCUUGCAACUCGCUUAUAUAUAGAGGAUAAAGUGACUUUCAGUGAGAAAAGAAAAAAAUCCACAAAACUUAGAUAGAGUGACAAAUAAGUCAAAUAAAUGGGUGGAGAAAAGAACAAGACAAGGGAUAUGGUGGAGGAGGAGGAGCCGCUCAGCCCAUGCUCACGGCUGUUCAAUUCACCGGAUUUCAACUGUGCUAUAAUCGUCACAAUGGGAUGUAAAGUCAAAGGAAAUCCACCUGCAAUCAUCGAGGGCCUUAAACACACACUCGCUAAUCACCCUCGCUUCUCCAGCAUUUUAGAUAUGAAGAAUGGGAAGAAAGGGACACCAAGAUGGGUUAGGACAAAAAUUAGAGUAGAAGAGCAUGUGAUUGUUCCUGAUAUAGAACCCAACACUGAAAAUCCUGAUCAGUAUCUUGAAGACUAUAUCUCUAAGUUAACGACAGUUCCUCUAGAUUUGUCUAAACCAUUAUGGGAAAUUCACGUACUCUGCCUCAAGACAUCAAACGCAGAAUCCAUUGGCAUUCUCAAAAUCCAUCAUUCUUUGGGUGAUGGAAUGUCACUCAUGUCUCUUUUCCUCGCUUGCACCCGUAAAACAUCAGACCCCGAGGCUUUGCCUACUGUGGCGGUUCAGAAAAAACAGUUUGGACCGAGCUGCUACACUGGUUUUUUCAACAAGAUUUGGUGGUUAUUUGUAGGGCUUUGGUUUAUCCUAAGACUGGUCUUCAACACUUUUAUUGAUGUCUUAAUGUUUGCUCUAACAAUUUGUUUCUUGAGGGAUACGGAGACUCCUCUCUUGGCAAAACCCGGUAGCGAACUUAAACCAAAGAAGUUUGUCUAUCGGAUUAUCAGUUUUGACGAUGUGAAGCUGGUGAAAAAUGCAAUGAACAUGACGGUAAAUGAUGUUCUUCUUGGAGUAACCCAGGCCGGACUUUCACGGUAUCUUAGUAGGAGAUAUGAUCAAGAAGCGACACCGAAGUCCAAAGAUUUGAUGAGGAGAAUCCGACUUCGUUCAGCCAUUAUGAUUAACUUGAGACCAAACACAGGAAUAGAGGCUCUGGCGGAUAUGAUGGCCAAGAAAUCGAAAUGCAAAUGGGGAAAUCUCUUCGGUUACAUCCUCCUACCAUUCUCCCUCGGGCUAGAGACUGAUCCUCUAGAAUACCUGCGCCGAGCAAAAGUUACGGUCGACCGCAAGAAACAAUCUCUUGAGGCUGUAUUCUCCAUGGCGUUCUUUAAAUUGAUACUUAAAGUUAUGGGGCUCAAGGCAAGUGUGGUCCUUGUUAGGAAAGUGAUCCAUAGUACAACAUUGUCAUUCUCAAACGUCGUCGGUCCAAAAGAAGAAAUAACUUUUCAUGGCCACCCGUUAUCUUAUAUCGCGCCUAGUGUUUUUGGCCACCCACAUGCUCUUACUCUACAUUUCCAGAGUUAUGAGAACAAGGUGAUAAUAUCAGUAACGGCCGAUCCAACAGUCAUUCCAGACCCUCACAAGAUGUGUGACGAUUUGGUGGAGUCUCUCAAGUUGAUUAAAUCUUCUGUCCUAGAAAGAGGAUUAUAUGAGAUGGAGGUUUAAUUAAAGCUCUUCUAUUGAUUGUGUUACAAUAUCAUAACAUCCGUUUCUUAUAUGUACUACGGUUCCUCUGUUGUUUACCUUACUAAGCUAUAGAAACUAUAAAUGUCGAUGUAAAAACUUCUAAGAUAUCGAUCAAGUUUACAUUAACCAAAAUGUCGAUUUUUGUUAAAAAUGAAAUUUUAGUUACUUUUAGUUUGCUUAGGAGGUUAUCAAUCUAAUAGAAGCUAAAUCAUAUCAUAAUCCUCCCUUUUUAAGUAUACUUUCAUCUCAUUCAGUAUAAAAAUAAGAUGUGAAAAGAAUAUAGAAUAUUUGUCACAGGCUUGUAAAGAAAACAUUUCUUUCCGCCAAACAAAGACUACUUAAUUCAACCGUAAGGAUACUUGUUUGUUAAUCAGUAACACACUAUCUAAAUGAUCGAUUUUCAUUUUAAUCAAAGAGGAUGAAUGGUGACCGCUAAGAAGGAAUGGAAUGAGAGGGAACACUUCAUUCCUAUUCAUUCCUUUUUUUUUUCACCAUUCACAAGUAACUUUUGAUAUAUAAGGAACACAUACAAUUCCUCUUCAUUCCUCUUUAUUUGGGGAAUAAUAGAAGAAAAAUAUUCCCUAUCAAUAUAGGUAAGGAACAAAAUGGAAAAUAAAAAAAAAAGGCAAAUCUCUAUUAACGUGAGUUGAACUUUACAGAAAAAUUAACAUUUUUUUUGACUCUUUUCACGUUUUGCUUCCACUAUAUAUGUGAGAAUUAUUCUAUUCAAUAACCUAAUACAAUCAACUAAAGUUCUACAGCAAGAGGUACACACUUUUUCUUACAAUUUUUAAGAGAAAGUUAUAUGUAUAAUACACGAGUAUUAAGAUAGAAAAUAACAUGAAUAUUUUAUGUGUGCCUGUUAGAUAUCAUGUCAAGCUCAAGAAACACUAGCGGAUCACAACGUCGUGGACGUCAAUCCAGUGGUGAGGCAAGAACCACGACUGAUGGCGGAACAACUCGUGAAGGACAGGUAUUUAUAUUUGCACUUUUUCUUCUUAAAUCAUUGUUGUAUUACUAUAAAACAUGUGAAUUAAUUAUAAGAAUACAUAUAUACUUUAGUAUCUGUGGAAGGAUAAGAAUUGUGAAGUUAUGCUUGAACUCGUCAUUGCGGAGCUAAAAGCCGAUGACUACCGUAGUAGAAUGCCAGAUGUGGCAGCUAGAAAAAGAAUUGAAAAAAAAUACUUCGAGCUGAUAGGUGAAAAGAUCUCUUGGGAUCCAGAGAUAACUAGCAAAAUUGGUUACUUGCGUAAACUUUGGAAUAUUCACAGUCAAUUGGUAAAACGCACCGGUGUUGCUGUUGAUCCAUCUUCUGGACAAAUAGAUAUGGUGGAAACUUGGUGGAGUGAUCGGAUUGCGGUAAUUCUCUACUGUAUAUCAUAUAUAAUUACUUUAUUUUAAAUAUAUUUGUUUUAUACUAACUUUUAUUAUUCACAGGAAUAUGGAGGAACUAAAGGAAGACUAGUUCAUGUUUUGCAAAAGAAGCCUUUGCCAUUUAAAGAUUUGUUGGAUCAAAUUUUUGGUGAACAUGAUGUUGAUCAAGAUGAACGUUAUUCACCACAUAUGCUUGGCCUACAACUCCAGCAAGUUCAACCUACUUUAGAUGUUGAUGGCAUAACAAUGGUGGACCAACUGCAAGAAACUCAAACUGCUGAACCAAUAGUGGAUCUUACUAGUGAUCAAGGAUGCAACCGAUCAAUCCGAAGCACGUCGUCACGUCGUCUUGCAAGAAGAAAAACUAGUUUCGAAACACAGGUGGAAAGUGGAUUUCAGCGUGUCGUAGAUACUCGGCAAGAAUUUUUAGAAGAACUACGAUCAAGAAAAAUUCAAAAGAUAACAUAUGGUGAUGCAACAUCAGUUCUAGAAAAGUUACCAAUAGAACAGCUUGGGGUAUUUUGGUGGGCAGCAAAUAAAUUGUUAAAGAAUGAUGCUGAUAUACGUGAAGCCUUUGUGAAAUUGGAAAAUGAAGAAAUUAAGAUCAAAUAUAUGGAGAGUUUACUUGGCACAGACAGACAUGGGAGUCCAUGCAAUCAGGUUGAUUUGUUGACGACAAGUCAAAACCAUUUUCAGAGUGUUGGAAUGGGUGGAAGUACUGCAAUAGGAGCUAAUACUGGAGGUGGUUACAUGAGUUUUCUUGGUGUGCACUCCACUGAAUUAGAAGAGCCACGUAGAGAACCAACAAGUUUUGUCAGCUUACUUAAUGAAAGCAAUGAUGAUGGCCUCGUCUAAGCUUUCUAGAAAUAUUUUAUUAUAUAAGUUUUGACUUUAAGAAUUUGGUUUUGGUGUUUACAGAUAUUAUUAGUGCUUUGAAGCUGUAUUGCAUGUUUUCUAUUUAUAAAGAUAAUUAUUUAUUUAUGAGCACUUGAGUUUACUUUUUUAUCUCUAAAUAAUAAUAUCUAUGUAAAUAUUUGCAGGAACUUCGUAUCCUAGAAUUACGUUCACGUGGAAUUCAAAACUUAAAUGAAGAUGAGUUGAUGGAGCUAAUGUUAUUGGAAGAAGAAGAGUUUCUCCAAAGGUACAUGCAUCCUAUAUUAGAGUACUACAAGACAAACUUUUUUAAAGAACCAAUGAACAAAGAUUGGGGAAAUGGUUGGAAGUUGAUACGGAGCCAAAUCUACCAUAACGAAGUUUCAUGUCGUACUCUUAUCCGCAUGAGUCCAGAAGCCUUUAUUCGUUUAUGUGAAGUUCUUCAAACGAAGUAUGGAUUACAAGAGUCAAAUAAUAUCAAAGUGGAUGAGAGCGUUGCAAUUUUCUUGAUUUUGUGUGGCCAAAAUGACACUCAACGUGACAUUGGUUUAAGAUUUGGCCAUGCGCAAGAGACUAUAUGCAGAAAAUUUCACUAUGUUCUUGGAGCAGUGGUACAAUUGGCAGUUGACUAUCUACGACCAAGAACAACUCGUGAGUUUGAAGCAAUAUCGAAUAGCUUACAUGGAGACAAGCGGUAUUCGCCUUAUUUUAAUGGUUUUGUCGGGGCUCUUGAUGGAACACAUGUACCAGUAAUGGUGACUCCAGGUCGAGAUGCAUUACGUUUUGUGAACCGGAAGGGAACAGCAAGCCUUAAUGUUUUGGGAAUUUGUGAUCAUGAUAUGUUAUUUACAUAUUGCUUCGUUGGAAUGGCGGGAUCAACACAUGACUCUAGAGUGCCGGACACCGCUAUGCGAGAGGAUCCAAUGUUUCCUCAUCCCCCAGAAGGAAAAUAUUAUCUUGUAGAUUCUGGUUAUGCAAAUAGGCGUGGUUAUCUAGCUCCAUAUCGAAAAGAAAGAAUAGAAGGUACACGAUAUCAUCUCCAAGAUUUUUUUAAUAAUGAACCUCCAAAAAACAGCAAGGAAAUGUUUAACAGAUGGCAUGCGUCACUACGUUCAGUUAUUGAACGUACAUUCGGUGUUUGGAAACAAAAAUAGAGGAUUUUAAAUGAAUUUCCAAGGUAUGAUAUCUCAACGCAAAGAAAGGUUAUAUUUGCAACAAUGGGGCUCCACAACUUUAUUCGUUGGAACAAAAUUAAAGAUAUUGACUUCGAAGAAUUUGAUGUGGAGAGGGACACUACUCAUUCACAUUCGAAUGUGAACAAUCAUUCAGAUGAUGAGAGUGAUGAACAAGUGAACCAAAACACAUCGGCAGGAGUUUAUAUGAAGAUUGUACGAGAUCAUAUCGCUGAACAAAUCUGGACUGAUAAAAGACCUGGUUCUCGUCGACUAUAGGUUUGUAUCUUUAUUAAUACAAGUUUGCAAAUAAUUAUAGAUACGUGAAAUGUAAUAGGUAUUACAUUAUAGUUUUUUUCUUGUGAAAAAUAAAACAAAUGUUUGUUGUGCAGGUGAAAGAUACGUGUGAAGGAAGAGACACCAAAACCUAUGGACAAGAAAGUUUAUUUAUAUUUAAAAUGUUUUUAAACAAUAGUUUUUAAAUUACUUUAAUUAAAAAUAUUCAUUCCUUUUAGUGGUUACCAUUCAUUGCAAUAUUUUGUUCCAUUCCUUCUCUGCAUUUAUUCCUUUUAAUUUGUUCCUAUUCAUUCCUUUUGAUUCCUUUUCCCUAUUGUUCCACUUGUUCCCGAAAAGGUCACCAGUCAGACCCAAAGAUUCCGGUCCAUUUCAUCACAUAGCUUUUGAGGAUUAUGAUUGUUGGGUCAACCGCUAUCUAGAUUACCAUCUUAUCCUCAUGGCUUUAGAAAUUGAUAAUUUAUAUCAGAAGAGCGUCCUUUAGAUCUUUCAAAGAGUCUUCGAUUUCAUCAAAAAUAAUCUGAGGAUCUUGUAUGACCGAUGGAUCAACGGCCAUCGAUAUAGUCAUCUUGGCCGCAUAACUUAUGAAAUGUAUCAACAAUGCCUACCAAAAAACUAAAAAAAUAAUAUAUGUAAUGUAUAUAUAUAACAUAUGAGAAGAAACGGUCGAGAGGAUCUGUUCAUGAUUGCUAUUAUAAACUUCUCAUUUUCAAAAUUUCCACCACAAAAAUAAAACGUACUUGUGAGAGUUCAUUUUUUGAAAGUGCUUAGAGCAUCUCCAUCAAUGGUUCCUAAGCCUGAGUUCCUAAGUAAAUGGGAUUAAAAAAAAAUAAAAAAGGCUAAUUAAAGGCAGGAACGCGCCUUAAUUGAGGAAUUAAAGGAAUGGUAAGGAACCCAUACGUGGCGCACUCUCAUUGGACCGCUCUUUUAUUGUCUCUCUCUCUCUCUUCUCUGGGGUUUCGACGAAACCGAAGACUCUCUUCUCUCUCGAACACUCUCGAUGUUCUCUCUCUCUAUCUUCUCUCUCGACGAUGCCGGCUUCUGCGUCUCUCUCGAUGAGUCCGUCGCGUGUCUGAGUCCGUCAUCUCUCUCGUUCGGUCCGGCUUCUCCGUCCCUCCAUCUUCUCUCUCGCUCCGUCCCUGUGUCUUCUCUGUCAAUCGGUGAUCGGAAACGGUUCCACUUCCUCCCGAAGCUUCUCUUCCGGCAGCUCUCCGAGACAGAGUCCUCCCCUUUUACGUAUCUUCUCGCCGACGUCUCUCAUCCGUAAGGGUCUGCUUAUUUUUCAAAAAAAAUAUUUUUUGCCAUUUGGGUUUUUCUGAAAUUGUUGUUAUCUCAUAGAGAUGUGUUUUAGAACUUGUCUGUGUUUGAUCCUUGUUUCGUGGUUGUUGUCUGAAACUUGCAUGUGUGUUUGAUCCGUAUGAAUGUGAUCCGUUUGAAACAUGAUUCAUAAGAAAACAAAUGAUUUUAAGCA